AUGGCUAUUACUGUGCAAACAUUUCAGCCGUAUUCUACAGUAAACCAGAAGUGGCUUAUCCGAACGACAUGUUCUGACAAUCCUGUAGAAGAAACACUGGGAAAUGAAAGUGGUUACAAACGCCAUUGUCUGGAAAAACUUUGCCGGCACUAUGUUCAAAUUUUGGAUUUGGAAAAGCAUCGUAACAAAUUUGAUUUGAACUGCACGCUAAAAAAAGAGGCGAACUUCAUUCAGCUCGACUUACCUAAUAAGUUUUUGAUGGUUUAUUCUGGCUCUUUUCAUUGGAGGCUUCGUGGAAAACAAAUUUUGCAGAAUAACCCAUUACACCUUGCUUGUAUUUGUGCUACUACGCUCGAAAGAGUUAACUAUCAUCAGUGGCCUUGUGCAAAAAUAAGGACGGAUGCUAUUCCUAAAUUUGCAUUCCAACGCAGAAUUUCUAAUGUGCAAAGUCCCCUUCUUGGCCGUCAGCAUCUCUAUCUCAAUGUAACUUUCUGCAGCGUUCACAAGGUAGAAGAUGCUGAUAAGGCCAGCAAAGCGAAUGCCACUAAGGAUUAG